AUGGUUUUUCGACACAACCCAGCCAUAUCAUCCGUUCGUGCUUUAUUGGCGGAACCCAAAUUAUCAGAGAUAAUUAUCCAUCUUACAUUCGCCUCUUCGUCCAUUUCGAGGGCAAUUUGUACUCUAAGGAAGACAAUAAACCAGAAGAAGCUCUCUAAUGCAACGUUUCAGCAAUCUGUAUCCAACAGUCUUAAGAUAGUGCCAAGAAACCACAAACUUCAUCCUUGGAAAUUCAUCAAUAUUGAGCUAAAUUUUGAAGGGGCAGAAUAUAUACCAUUAAUUGACGAAACAUUGAAGGAUAUUUUGGGAGAUUUUGCCUGUAACUUGGGGCAUUUCGAAGGUUGUCCUGUUUCCGUGGGUACGUCCCGGUUCCUACCAGAUAGUGGCUCUUAUGUUCGUGGAUUGGUGAAUCACGAUGAACUACUCCACUACACUCCUCGCCCUCGUAUAUUCAAUGGAUAUUCAGCUCGACAAUUAAGCCCUACAGAAACCUCAAAUGCGAAUUCAACUUCCUGUAGCAAAGCUGAUGCAACAAUUGCGCAAUAUACUUUAAUUGGACUUCGAUUAAGUGGUAUUAAGCUACGUGGAGAUCGUCAUGAACCCUCAACAUCUGCGCAAGAAUCCAGUUCGGAUUCGACAUCAAAGGAUAGCUCUGGAAAAAACCCCCAUGUGAAGACAGCCCUCUCCGAACUAUCCGAAGAGCUCAAUAAGCAAUCUCAACAACAAAUGCAGCAAUCACUGAUACCUCAGAGCAUGGGAGCUACUGCUAAAGGACAGCCAACAACUGAUGACCGAACGAUGCAGUGUCACCAAAUGAAGAAGAUGCAGAUGCUGGCCAAUGCCAAGCAUUCAAACUAUCAAAUACCUACACACAUGCCAACCACUAUGAAAGAUGAUCCUAUAGAAGCCAUUAACUCCUCUAAUGGUUCGGAUGAAGGUGGAGUUUCCAUACAUAUAAAACCAACCCCGGAUUGCUUUGAGGUGGUGAAAGACUGGGUAGAACAAGUUGAAACGGAACGACAAGAUACCAAGAAAAAGUCAUGUUCAUACCCUCUGCAAAAUGAAAGCUCUGGUACGAUUCUUGAAUGGCCAUGGGUUCAAACCGAGCUACAUGGAGCUUUGCAACGGCUUGCUGUUGCGGAAAGCCCUACCUUAGAAGUGGAAUCCAGGUCGGACAGUGAAGGAGUGACUUUUUCCAUUCCAGACAGUACUCCAUCCAGGGCAAGCCCGGAUCAGUCAGCUUCAACCGGCCUCGGGAGCGUCACAAGUUUCGAGACCUUUUACAAUGCUCCGUUCGCAGCAGAUGUUGAAGAACCAACUUCAAUUAUCUCAGAAUGCCUUCCUCAUCUUCGUGGAGGAGAUAAUUCAAACAGAAACCGUUUCAAACAAUACUUUGAGAGAAUCUCCGAGAGAAUCUCCCGCUACAACUUUCAGAAUGAUAUAGAUCUUGGUUAUGGUGGUUCUAACUGGGCUGCGAAACCGUUUCUUGAGUAUGAUCCGACGGAGGACUUGAGGUACUCGAGUGGUAUCUGUCGAAUUGAUACAAAAUGCAACACUCGAAGUAACAAUCCUUCUGUCGAAUCUAUCAUCAAGCUCGAUCCUGAAAAGUCAACCCAAGGCCAUCGUCUUGACAAAUUGAGCGCCGAAUCUAAAUCAGAAUAUCAUCACGACUCCACGCAGAAGCCCAACAACAGCAGUGAUUCUACACAUUCAUACACUGACCUUGAAAUAGGUGAUCAGCAAUUGAGAGUAGGGACCAGAAGUACGGUUGAGAGACUUUCGAUUAACAGUCCAUCAAAAUCAUCAAAUGCUACUCAUAUACGCAAUAUAUUGCGUGCUAUAGUUGGAAUUCCUCUGAAGUCUAUCAAAGAUAGGCUUUGCGAUAAAUAUAAGAAAACACUCCGAAACAAAGAGGUUGAAGAUAGUGAUGAGUACGAAGGCAGCAAAGGAAUUAGCGAUGGAUUAAAGAGACUACUAGAAACUAUGGAAGAAAGGGAAAACAAGAGUGAGGAGAAAUCUUUGGACGACAAAAUUGAGAAAUAUGAGCGGUACCCCGCACUUGUUAGAACGAACGAAGGUCCGUACUUGAAAAAUGCGUACCAGUAUCUAUGGCCGGAGUUUAAUAGCUAUCUCAAACUUGCGUCAAAGACAAAAGGGUUGGGACCGGAUCCAACUGUUAUUGAAGGACUACUUUCUAAAGACUACACCGAGGAUCACUCCAGCAGUCAUGUCAAAGUAUCGAAACCGACAGGUACUCGUGAGAUGGGAUCUGAAGAUAAAAUCCAAAAGAAAGAGAACAGACUCAAUGCAGAGACAAGCUACCAGCUGAUCACCAAUUUUAUGCUAAAAGCAAAGCUUGCCAUGGGAAUAACUCAAAGGAGAAUGAAUCUGGCAAGAAUUGCUCAAAGUCAAUUAUUUCGUGGUUCAUCGCCUAACCCCAAGACCUACGGCCCUACAAUGAUUUACUUGACGAAUAAGACUCAACUACGAGGAGGGAGUGGGAAUGAUAACGAGAAUAGAUUUUUUACAAGAAACAGACUGAGGUUUGCGCGAUUAUUAAAAAACCGCCCAGAAAGUGAAGAUGCAAUAGCGAGACCUGCUCCACCGGCAACGAGAAAUGUCAUGCCUGGCACUGGAGACGGACUGCAAAGACAUCAUCGAGAUGACAGUGGUGUUUCAGGGAUGGGGGAUGGGCAAAAUCGAGAUAAAGAUGAAUCUGUAGAAGAUGAAUCUGUAGGAAACGAAACUGUCGGAAACGAAACUAUAGAAAAUGAAAGUCCUCGACGAGUCGUCAACCUUUCAGAAGAAGGAGCCGAAACCAUUGAAACAGUUACAGAGGUCGAUUCGGAUACUUCAGAGGAGAGAGAAAAUGCAGCAAAUGUUGAAGACACUCAGUCUCCAAAGCCUUCAGAGCCUGAGCGGGCCUCAAGACAACGACCUGAAGAACAACAGGAAGAGAAUGAGACGGAAAAUAGGACGCAACGGCGUUUCAGAAAUGAGAUUUUAAAUAUCUUAUGGAAAUAUCUUGCUCUCAAGGAGGAAAUCUGGUUUAAGCGCAACGCUAUCAUACAUGGUACCCCUAGUUCCAAGCACAGCUUCGAAGCACAUCUUACCGCCGAAAAUGUAAACGAUAUCCGCCAAUAUGUACAGAACGGUUUGGAAAUGGUAGGUAUGAGCAACGAACCGCGCGAUACCGUUGCUUGCCCCAACUUGGUUACACGCGCGAACAAUCACUUAUUAAGGGCACGCCGCGUGCGGGAAAUCUUUGAUACUUGGUAUAUAAGAGAAGGUCAACAGAAGAGACAGGAUGUUUCUUCCUCUAACGCGCGUGAAAGAUCCUCAGAUACUGGCGAGACCAGUUCAGUUACGGCAGGGGGCGCAGGAAUCUUGGAUAAUUGGCCUUUCGCAGCGGCUCCGAGCGAGAAUUUUAGGCGUGGUAGAAAUGCUAGCGAGACGGGUGCGGAUAUCCCGAGAACUUCUUCUGAUACUCAAUUAUUUCGUAGAAGGUCUUCACUCAUCUUGGCUCCGCUUCCGGAUUUGUUCCCAGCGCCUCAACCUGGUCAAAUAUUUAGGGGUGAAACGCGUGGGGAAUCUUCGAGGAGUGGCGUCGGUGGAAAUGCGGGUAGUAUCGCUGAGAAGAUAGACGUGUUGAGGGUGAAGAAUAACAUUGCUUCCAAAGCUUCUCAAUGCGAGUCCAGUGUUAAAACCACUGAUGAUAACGGAACUACGCAAAGCGGCAUGCCUAACUGUCGAGAGCAAAAUGAGGAUUAUGUAUAUCAAGAGCCUAUUCCAACAGAAAUCAUGCAGAGACUUGGAGACUUGGGAGCGUCGCGUGUGGAAGCUGUUAAUCUUCUCAACGCUACUGCGGGUAAUGUUGAUCGUGCGGCUGCAGUGCUGCAAGAUGAAAAUCCGCUCGAACAGGAAGAUAUGAGGAAUAUGCUUGUGGAUCCGGAGAAUGAUCUGCAUCAGGUUGUGGUGGUGACGGGUGUUCCGCCCCGGAGAGCCUUUUUGGCUCUGCUUGUUAGUGAGAGCGAUGUUGGUGGGGCGAUUGAUCUUUUAACGGGUGAUGCUAUUGGUGCGACGAUGAAUGAUGAGACGCCAGUUGAUGAGGUUAUUAGUGAAGAAGAUAGUGGGAAUGCAUCGAGUGGGAAUGAGUUGGAGAAAGAUGUGGGAGGGGAGGAGCCUGAGAAGAGUAGUAGUGAGGAGUCGGACGUGGAAGUUGCGGAAAUAAUCGAGGGAUUCGAGCCUCUUGCUAGCGAGACGGAAGAUCAUGAGAGGGGAGAUGAGCUCAGGGAGGACAAUAGUGAAGGAGUGAAUCUUGAUGCUGCUGAAUCAGAUGAGGAAUACCAGUCCCUUAUUGGCCAGGCAGAAAACGAUGAUGAGGAUGAUGUACACGAUGAAGAAGAUAAUAUGGUUAACAAUGGCCAUGCUGAUACAGAUGACAAUGAAGAUAACAGAGUAGACGAGGCUCCCACUAUUGAGCUGGAGAUGGUAUUUACUUCUCGUAAAGGAAAAGAAAGAGCAGAGGGGUAUAAUCUCUAA